AUGGUUGAAAAAGUAGCAAGGGUUGCUGGGCAGAGGAGGCAGACUUGGAGGUUUCUGUUACAAGCUGUGACGAAUUGGCAGGUUGUGCAAAACACAAGGAGCAAAAGUCAGAUGGGUGAGACCAUUAAUGACGAUUUAUACAAGAUUUUUCAACAGGACUACCGACCUGUAGGUUCUCCCUGUUUCGAAGGUGCUUGUGAGAAUUUCAUCAUUAGCAGUGCUGGAUACGACCCGGUGCUUGCAGGUCUGACUGUUGCCUUCUCUCCAACAGCUGCUUCAAUCAGUAUGAAGUCUGACUACAAGACUUCUUAG